CUGGAACUGCUGCAACCAUUUAUCAGUUCCUGAAAGAAAGAUGUAACUCAUCUAUGAAUGCAGAUGUGGGCAUGUUCCCAGCAUGUUCAGUAGCUGGUAUUCCAGGUGGAAAGAAGUGGUAUUUUGCGAGUCAUAUUCUAUGCGGUUAUUAUCAGUUCUGCAGUUCUGACUGGGAGGAAAUAAAUUUUGACACACAGAAAAAUGAAGACUCUCUCCAAACAAAUAUUGAUGAAUGCCUGGGAGCCAUACAAAAUUUUGAGGAAGAUGACAAUAACAGUAGAGAGUCCCUGUCCAUGACUGAUAUCUAUGAUGAAGCUGCAGAAAGUCUGCAUCAGUUAGCUGAUAAACUGCCUGCCCCAGGCAGAGCAAUGGUUGAUGUAAUACUGCAGGCUGUUGAACGAGAUGGACCCAAGUUAAAGGACUGCUUACCUGCCAUCGGUGCCCUGAAGCACCUGCGAGAAUGGCACUCUGCGCAAAUCACCAUCGCAGCAAAUGACUCCAAAGGUAGUUGGCAAAAGAUUGCAGUCUACCUAUCAGCAAAUUUUGUAUCUUCAGAUAAUUUCAUGAAUAUCAUUGAUUUAAAAGAAGUCUGGAGAGGAAAUAUUCAGAUAUGUGAAAGAAAGUUUGGAUCAGAAGUAAGCUUUCCAGCGUUUUGUAUGAAGAGCACUUCAGCAAAGACAUUCAGCAAUUCACAUUUAAAUUCUUGCUUUGCUGUUAAAAAAGAGCAUCAAUUGAGGAAUACUGAUGCCUUGCCAGAGGUUUUUCAUUACUAUGGUCCCGCACUAGAGUUUUUACAGAUGGUGGUGAUCUCUGAUCUACCUUCAUUUUUUGUAUCUGAUCUGGAAUUUGAGCUCCUUGCAAGAAACAGUUCCAAGGAGACAUCUACACUGCUUUUGGACCAGAUUUCUUCUCUCUCUGGGCAGGUGGGAGCUUUAUUUACCUUGCCAUGUAAUGUAAGCAGCGUAGUGAUCCCAUCCCCUGCCCAGCUGAGUACCAAGAAAUGGAAGGAAUAUAUGGCUAGGAAACCCAAGGUCAUUACUGUUCCAGAAGUUGAACUGAAAGGAGAAUCUUGCCGAUACUAUUUCUUGCUACAAGGCAACGGCUCUGGAGGAUGUAAAGCAACCUUGAUUCAUUCAGCUGGUCAGAUCAAUGGUACAGCCACUCUUGCUGCAGUAAAUGGAAGGCUAAAGACAAGAGCAGAAGAAACAGAGUCAAGCUUUCCUAUUGCUGACUUUAUCAAGUCUCUGCCACAUUUUUGUGGAGAAGAGAUUGUGCAGAGAGAAAAGAAACUGUCUCAUCUCCAAGUGUUUGCCUUGAAGGAAUAUCUCAAAAGAAAGGAAUUGACUGAGCAGCCUCCAAUUAUUUCUACUGAUGAGUUCAAAAACUUGUUAGAACUUACGAGAAAAUAUUUUUUGGACCUGUGCAACAGUAGUCUUCCUAAACCUGUUCUACAGAAGGUUGCCAAUAACUCUAAGUCAUGCACUGGGAUGUCGGAAUCUGAUUUAAUGGAGCCAAAUCCACUGGAGUGGCCAGAAAGACAUGUUCUUCAGAAUUUGGAAAACUUUGAAAAAAACAAACAAAAAAUGAGAGUUUCCAUAUUUGCACAUUCGUCUGAGCGAUUGCUGGGGCAUAAAGAUAGCCAGCGGGAGUCACUGACAUUGCUUGAUGCUAAAGAAUUACUGAAAUAUUUCACACCAGAAGGGCUACCAGUUGGUGAUCUUCAGCCACUACAAAUUCCCAAACGUGAAAACACAUUCCUUUUGACACCAGAGCUUACUCCUCGGAAACUCAGACGUUUGCCUUUUGAAAAAGCAACUGGAUGCCAUUAUCAUGGACUUGAGUACUGUCUAGAUAACAGAAGAGCCUUAGAGAGAGAUGUGGGAUAUGCUGAACUUCAAUCUCGUCUUAUUCGCUAUGAAACUCAGACUACUUGCACCAAAGAGUGCUGUCCUGUGCCCAUUGUCCUGAGCCCUCUCCCAUCUCCCGCAGUCUUGUCAGAGCCUGGAAGUGUCCCUGAUGGGGAGUCUUUACAAAGCGAGUUGAGAACAGAGGCAUCAAGGCUAAAACGCAGAUCAAAAGACUUGGAUUGCUUUUAUCCCAAGAAAAGGCUAACCAAAUCUGAGAGUACAGAUUCCCUCCUCUCUCAGGCAAGUGGAAUCAGCAGGAGUCACUAUACAGUUGCUGUAACGAGGAAGCGCUCCGAAAGAUCACUUUCUUUAGCUUCUGUGCCUUCAAAACAGCUGGGUCAGCCCCACAGAGUAACCACUACGGUUGGCUCAGCAAGUCACAUCAGUGCAACGGAGUCUGAGACUUCAAAGCCAGCGAAGGAAUCAAGAUCCCAAAAACAUACAAGGAUGCUGAAGGAGGUGGUUGCUAAGACUCUUCAAAAACAUGGAAUUGCAGAGGAUCACAAGUGCUUUGCAUCAUGCAGCCAGCGUCUAUUUGAGAUAUCAAAGUUCUACCUAAAGGAUCUUAAAACUUCUAGAGGACUUCUUGAUGAAAUGAAGAAAACAGCAAAUAACAAUGCUAAACAGGUGAUAGAAUGGGUUUUGGAGAAGACUGGCAAGUAG